AUGUAUUUGCAGUGGUGUGUUUGGAAGGAACGCAAUAAGCGAGUGUGGGAACAGAAAUUCUCUCAGGCUUCUGAUGUAGCGUUAGGAGCUAGCACAAGGUUAGCCGAAUUUCGUGUUCACAACGGUAAGGCGGGGAACAUAAGUCGGAAUGCCAGCGUGAUACGGUGGCAACGCCCCUCUGAUGGGAUACUCAAGGUUAAUAUUGAUGGGGCCUUCCUCUCCACUACAAGGCAGGGAGGCUUAGGUUUUGUUAUCCGAGAUUCUAACAGCUCCAUGUUGGUGGGGGGAGCUAUGCCUCUUCGAAAUCUGCUGUCGGCUGAGCAUGCAGAGAUUUUAGCAUGCCAAGCAGCUGUGAGGUUUGUUCUGGACCAUAACAUGAUGCCGGCUGUGAUUGAGACCGAUUCGUUGUUAGUGAAACAACAAGCUGCUAUUAAUUCCAGUUCGAAUACUUCACUACUGGGUAGGCUAUACGAUGAUAUUAGUGAGGUAUUGAGGUCGAUUCCAAAUGUGCAAAUUAUCCAUACAAGGAGGGAGGCAAACCAGGUGGCUCAUCUUCUUGCAGAUCAUGCCAAAUCUCUCUACAGGGAGGCGUUUUAUGUUUCAGCACCUAGCUUUUUAGCAGCUGCUCUUGCAGCUGACGCUAUUACUAUGUAA